AUGGAGACUCCUCUGUGCUACGACGAAUACAGCAGCAGCAGCAGCAGCAGCUACUACGUGUACAGCGACGACGACCGGGUCGCCUACACAGAUCAAACACUAGUACAAUACGGCCUCCCUCAGCCACCAUUAUCUCUUCAAUAUCCCAAUUCCUACCAUGACCACCAAUCACUGUCGUCGUCGUCGUGCCAUUACGACGGAGACCAAUACUACUCCAUGGCGGCCUCUUUCCAGCACCAGCAGCAGCUCCAUUUCGGCGACAUGGACCAUUUCAGCGCCCUCAUGGAAGCCACCUCCAUUUCUUCCACCUCCACUCGAUCUCCACAUCCAGCACCAGACGCCAGCUGCUACUCAUGGGACGCCACUGCGCCGCCAGCGGUAGAAGCACCGGAAAGAAGCAGCAGCAGCUCCUCCGUCGUCACCAGCACCGGCGGCGGCGGCGGCGGCGCGCCGGAUCUGAUCGGGGUGCGGAAGCGGCCAUGGGGAAAGUACGCGGCGGAGAUCCGGGACUCGACCCGGAACGGCGCCCGGGUGUGGCUGGGCACCUUCGACACGCCGCACGCCGCGGCGCUGGCAUACGACCAGGCGGCGCUGGCCCUGCGUGGCCCGGCCGCCGUGCUCAACUUCCCCGUCGGCCGCGUCCAGGACUCCCUCGACGGGCUCGGUCUCGGGGGAGAAGACUCGCCUGCUCUGGCGCUCAAGCGGCGGCACUGCAUCAGGAAGAGGAACCCCAAGAACAGCAGCAGGAUGCCGGCCGCGGCGAGGAGGCAGAAUCGGGAGAAGCUGCAGGAAGCCGCUGCCGCUGCGUCGUCGGCGUGCGUGCUGGAGCUCGAGGAUUUGGGAGAAGACUACCUCCAGGAGCUGCUCGCCUUCUGCGAUCCAUGA